AUGACCAAAGAAGAUGAAGAGCAUUUUCAAAACACUCAUGUUUGCCACAUCUGCGGGCUAGAUGUUAGGAAGAAACCUUCCCCUUAUUCGCCUAAGGAUGCACUGGACCACCAAAAGGUGAGGGAUCACGACCACCUUCUCGACCCAGCAAAAUGCGUAUCAAACUAUGGAGGAACAGCCCAUAACCUUUGCAACCUAAUGUAUAAAGAGACUUCAUUCAUUCCAGUGUUCAUCCAUAACCUGUCUGGCUACGACACCCAUCUCUUCAUUAAGGAGCUGGGUGGGGACCAAGGUGGUAUCGACGUCAUCCCGAACACCGAGGAAAGGUAUAUUUCUUUUAGUAAGGAGGUUGGAGCAAAAACAGUAGAUGUAGGCGAUGGGAAGAAAGCGAAGUUGCCUGAAAUAAAGUUGAGGUUUGUCGACUCGAUCAAGUUCAUGGCCACCUGCCGCGAUAGUCUCGGGAAGAGCGUGAAAGAGUUCAGGGAGACGUCCAAAUACUUCCCCAAGGAUGAACUGGACCUCGUCACCCGAAAAGGCGUCUACCAAUACGAUUGCAUGGACUCGUGGGACAAAUGCGAAGAAAUCAAGCUACCCCUACAAGAAGACUUUUACAACCAAUUGAAUAUAGAGAAUGAGGACUACGAGCAUGCUAAGAAGGUAUGGAUGGCCUUCGAUAUUAAGAACUUGGGUGAAUAUUCCGACCUGUAUGUGAAGACUGAUGUGCUGAUUUUAGCCGAGUUCAUGGAACACUUUAGAGGAGUCUGUCUAAAGACCUAUAAGUGGGAUCCUGCAUGGUACUUUACUGCACCCGGACUAUCGUGGGACGGCAUGCUAAAAACCACGGAAGUCGAAGUAGAGCUGUUGACAAACUAUGACAUGAUGCUCAUGCUGGAAAAGGGGACCAGAAGAGGCAUCUCUCAGUGCUGUAACCGAUAUGGGAGGGCGAAUAACAAGUACAUGAAGGACUAUGAUAAGAACAAGAAGUCCAACUACUUGAUGUGCCUUGAUGCUAAUAACCUAUAUGGAUGGGCCAUGAGUCAAUACCUACCAUAUGGAGGCUUUAGGUGGAGCAAUGUGUCUGAUGUGACCCAAGUAGCGGAUGACUCAGACACAGGAUGCAUCAUAGAGUGCGACUUGCAUUACCCAGCUCAACUGCACAACCUCCAUUCAGACCUACCUCUAGCACCUGAGAGCAGGAUCCCCGAUGGCUCAAAACAACGAAAACUGCUGACGACUCUCUAUGACAAAGAGCACUAUGUGGUUCAUUACAGGGCUUUGAAGCAACUGCUGCAAUUGGGGAUAAAGCUCAAAAAGGUGCAUAGAGUGUUGCUGUUCAAACAAUCUCCUUGGUUGAAGAAGUACAUAGACAUAAACACUGAAAUGAGGACAAAGGCAGCCAAUGACUUUGAGAAGGACUUCUACAAACUUAUGAACAACUCAGUCUUUGGCAAGACGUUGGAAAAUAUAAGGAAGAGGCUCGAUAUCCGACUUGUGUGUGAUUCCCAGAAGGCAGAGAAGCUGGUUGCUAAGCCGAACUUCAAGGGGCGAACCCUCUUUGACGAAAAGUUAGUCGCCGUGCAUAUGAACAAGACCAAGGUGCUCUUUAACAAGCCAAUACCCGUCGGCAUGAGUAUAUUAGAUCUCUUGAAGCAUCUGAUGUACCACUUUUAUUAUAAUGUGAUGAGGCCUAAAUAUGGGGAAAAUAUCAAGUUAUUGUACAUGGAUACUGACAGUUACAUUUAUGAUAUACAGACCGAGGACCUCUAUGAAGAUAUGAAAGGAAUGAUAGACCACUUCGACACAUCCGAUUAUCCAGAAGAUAGCAUUUACGCCAUGCCACGAGUGAACAAAAAUGUAUUAGGGAAGAUGAAGGAUGAAAAUGCUGGAAAUGUUCUGGAAGAGUUCGCUGGAUUGAGAGCCAAAAUGUACGCAGGAAGAACUUAG